AUGAAUUCUCCACUAAGUAAGCAAGCUUGUGCAGUUGAAGAUUUGGACUUGCAAAACUCGCUCAUGACUCUAUCCAUCAUAAAACUUCGCGAUAUGAUGAUGCUGUUCAACAUGCCUCUAAAGGCGCUUUGUGAUUGGUCAACAAUGUGCCCCGGUGCACCGAGGGUCGCGGCUUCGGGAAAUGCGCACAAUAGCUUCGAGGGCAUCCAAUUAAUGACACGCAUACUUCUACCCUCAAACUUCAGAACGCCCGAUAUUAUCUAUUGUGACUCUCGAAUUCGUAGAGAUCAGAGAGAAGAGGGAAAACACCCAGAAGGCCGCCGCCCAGAAGAAUCCCCUUCAAUUGCCAAAUUCAUAGACUCACCGAAUCCUACGCGACUUGCUUACCCCGACACGGCCGACUCCCGAGCUUAUCUCCAACACGUGCCCCUCGCGGCGUUCACUCGCAUCCUCGAAUCUGCACGAAACUAG